UUCAAAGAAGGGGUGAACAACGUUUCUGGAAGUUGUGCGAGAGAGUUGGCCACAGUGAAAUAACUGUAAGUAUAUAAGGAGUGAGAAACAGUACACGAGGAUCGCCAUUCAACAUCCAUUGGCAGCCUACGGUGUUUUUGAGUAUAAAUGGCUGGCAGAGGUUCAAACGGUCGUCAUGGGUUGCGGGGCCACGCAGGGAGAACCGCAGCUCUAUCUCGGCUUCUUCAUAAGGAAUGCAUUCAACUCCUGGAGGCAUACAGAAACAGUGAAUCACUGCCGUCUUCACCGGCUGCCGGAGAUUAUUUAGUAUCUAUUCCUCCAUUGGUUCCUCAGCUGUCAGAUGCAGAAAAAAUAUCUAUCCUGCACGCUGCACUCAAGGAGUGUCUGCGACUUCUGGAAGAUGUCAUUACCCGUGAGGACGCAGAUUUUUCCGAUGAAGACAGCGAGUAUAGGAGAAAACGGAAAACUGUGAGGGAUCGUCUGGUACACCUGUUGGCAAGCACAGAGCAGCUACUAGUGGAUGGCCAGAAAUUUGAAGCUGAAGUUAAAGAGGAGCUGGAUGGUCAGGUGGCCGGUGGGAGUUUCGGUCUGAAGAUGUGGAUUGUGCGAGUGCUGCAGGACCUCGUGCACUGGACUGGCCAAACAUCAGAUAUCCUCAACUCUCUGCCAGCAGAAAUGGAGAAAACACCAAAGACAAUGUCCCGGAGGACAAGAAAAGGAGGCGUUGGGAAAAUAAGGAAGUGAGACUAAAUAUGUGACUAAAUAUAAGAAAGAGAGUUAAAGGGUGGAGCGGAAGAGGAUUGAUAAGAAUGAGGUAAAGGAAUUUCAUUACAGCAUGGAGAAUGUAGAGAGUCAGAGGAUCUGGAUGCACUCACUGGAAAUUGAAUUCAGCCUUCCCACAUGUGGAAAGCAGGAGGGGUGGGUCUGAACAAGAUAUUAUUUUAUGAAAAGUUAUUUUAAUAUAUUUCUACUUUUGAAUAAGAUGUU